AUGCGGAGUUUAAACGAAGGUGUGUUGCGAAUAUACCACCCAAUCAACACACACACACGACCAAAAUACUUUUGUGCAAGAACCAUUGUGUAGCAUGGCACGCGUACCACUCACUCCCGUACACAACAGAAAAGGUGUCCAAUAACUCUGUAUUCAUCGAAACUUUUCGGAACUUUUCACCGACUUGGAGCCCGAUAGAGGCCGAAUCAUCCUUCGAAAGAGGAGAAUAUUCUGAGAGGAUACCUGAGGUGGUUUGUUUGAGCUGAAUGCUAGCGCAAUCGCAGCCAUUUGUCGUCAUGGGGAAGGAAAAAGUUGUCGCGAUCAUGAGGAAUAUCGAGGAGCACCAGCAAAGAGUGGAACGGCACUCGCAGGUAGAUUCCAAUGGUGAAACUGUUGAUGAAGUCCUCAAUGUGAACCCUUCCUACUUGGAGUGCCACGGAUGCAAGGAGUCCAUCAAGGAUCGCUACUUCCUCCGAGCUCUUGAUAAAUACUGGCACGAAGACUGUCUUUCCUGUGACCUUUGCCAGUGCCGACUGGGGGAAGUUGACUGUCACAUGUACAGCAAACUUGGAAGGAAACUCUGCAAGCGGGAUUAUCUCAGAUUAUUCGCCCCAAGCGGAGUGUGUUCGGCGUGCAACCGUGCGAUCCCCGCAUACGAACUCGUCAUGACGACCUCUUCCGAAUGCCGCUACCACUUGGAAUGCUUCAAGUGUUCACAGUGCGACAAGCAUUUCUGCGUCGGGGACAAAUACUUCUUGGUUGGGUCGAAGAUUAUGUGUGAAGAUCACUGUUAAGGGCCAUCCAUUCUCUCCCACCCCAUUCACAUGCGAACUUGGUUGGUGAUAAACUGAUUGAUGAUCUUUUUCUCGUGUGAAUGAGAUGAGUAUUGCAGAUGGAAAACAACCAUUGCCAAAGGAUAAUGGUGCUAUGUCAAGAACCUGAAACCCUUUUAUCUUGGCUAUAAAGACUUCAGUGUCCAAAGACUUGUCUUCAUUUGGCCAAGGAUGCGACUUUGGUACGACCACUGCCUUAUUUAUUCAGAUGAACCAACAGGACCUUUCUAGACAUGUUGCAGAAAAUAGUUCUAAUCAAUGAGGUUUGGAAAUGACUUGUAUCUGUUUAUCAGGCUGCUCGAGUGAGACUAACUAGCCCAGUCUAAGUUAACAGGCAACUUCAUUUGAGGGACUCAAAGACUUUGUAUGGGAGCAGCUUUGUUCUUUUAACCUAAUGCUAACUGGUACUGAAUGGACAAUGUACAAAGUCCAAAAAAGAAUUCAGUUGUCAAGGGCAUAAGGUUGAACUGUAAGAUAUUUGCUUGUAUCUAGCAUGUUGCAUUCACUUGCCAUCAGAGAUAGAGUUGAGAACCGGCUCUGUAACGUUGGCGGAGAAUAAUGAGAUGAGCUAAAUCAUUAUUAUGUCUUCUUGGUGUGGGACUAAGACACUUGCACAAACGCCGAGGGAGAUUGUUUUAUUCUCCAGUCUUGUGACUUUGACCUGCUCGUGUCAGCUCAAUCACUGAUCACCAUUAUCAGCUAUUCUUCGGUUGGCACAAUAUAUUCAUGAAAGAAUAGUCUUCAGUUUUUUGUAGAAUGUGAUUCGUGUUUGUAGUUUGAAUCUUGCAUGAUUGAUCGUAGGAUGUUGAGACAUUCCAAUUAUCAUACGUUACAUUCCGCUGUACAUACAAACAACCAAUGUAGAAUUCAUCAAACCUUAUGUUUUCAUUCACUUUGUAGGUCGCAAGCACAACUAAUGUCACGUCCGAAAUAUUGGAAAGAAUCACACACCUGUCAAACCUGAGGGUUCGUCAACUUGUUGAUGUUUCAUAAAGCUGUUAGUAAGUUAAGAGCCACUUUAAGAAUAACUGGGGAUCCUUUCUUACUUGCUAAACUAUCGCCUACAAACAUUUUGGUGUAUACCAUUUACCACAUGAAAGGAUCACCAGUUACUGUUCAUAAAGUACCUAUUAACUUAUGAACAGCUUUAUGAAACACCCGCCAGGUUUGAAAAAAAGAAUAAGAGCCAAAACAAAUUGGAUGGUUACUUAUAAUUGAUUUAUUCAUAUCAUUCUGAUCACAAUAUGCAUGUAAAAGUUACUUGCAAGUAAUAUUUGGUUUCUUUAUAUUCACGUUUUAAAGAUGAUAUCUGUUCAUAUUUAAAAACAAGUUAAAACAAAUGGUGGAUUAAGUGUAAUGUAAUAACACACACUUUGGGGGUAAAAUUAUUUUCAUCUUACAUCAUAAUUACAUUCAUCAAAGUAAUUUGGUAUUUUCAUAUUCAUUGAUACUGUAUAUAAUAUGUGAAUUAUUGUAAUAUUUUUUUUAGAUCUACAUUGUAAGUACAAAGAAGCUGGAAUAUUAUCUUUUGUUUAGAAAGCACAAUUUAUUCAAAGUGAUCUUUUCCUCUCUGCAUUUCUUCUGUAUAUUUCAAAAUUAACUCGUGAAAAAAGUGAUUGUCACUUAUUACAUUAACAUUGCAUUUUCAUUGCACCCUCAAUUAAUAAAAUAAGCUUUGAAAACUCUAGGAUUCAUCACGACCUUUUUUUUCUAAAAUACUACUUCCCAAGUAAGAUAUAAUGCAAAGGAAGAGUGGUUCAUAUAAACACAUCAUUUCACAAGUGCUUUAUAAGAUAACGUUGAUCAAAACUAGUAAAAAUUGUCCAAUCAUCUUUUCGUUCUAUUAUUUAAAUGAUAUUCUUAUCUUUGGUAUAAAUAAUAUUGCCCCUUUUCAACCAAGUGAGGUUUGAUUUAUAUUCGUGUUUGAGUUUUCUUUUUAAAGAUCACAGCGAUAUAUUCCAGAAGUAUUCAAGAAAACUGCUCAAUUCAUCAGGCAGUGUAUUCACAAUAUUUUUUAGCAAGUAAGCAUACAUUUUUAUAAGGAAAGCCUUAAUAUUCAAAUAUUUAUUUAGGACCCCUAAUAUAACUGAUUUUGCUA